CGCAAUCUGAGUGGGGCGGCACUGGGAAAGAAAGCCUGUGUCCGAGGGGUAAUCUGUUUUCGAAUUCUACUGUACGUCCUAGCCGUCCUCAUGGACACGAAACUCAAGUACAAGGAACAUAUUGCGAGGGCAGCAUCUAAGGGCCUGGAAGCCGCGAUGGAGCUUCGAAGACUUCGGGGUUUAUCCCCAGCGACAGCGCGGCAGCUAUUUACAUCGACGGUGGCGCCGGUCGUGGACUACGCGUCCAAUGUCUGGAUGCACGCGUGCAAGGAUAAGGCCAUAGGGCCGAUCAACCGCGUCCAAAGGGUAGGAGCGCAGGCGAUUGUAGGAACAUUCCUCACAGUUGCGACCAGUGUAGCGGAGGCGGAGGCCCACCUUGCCACCGUUCGACACCGUUUCUGGAGACGAGCCGUGAAGAUGUGGACGGACAUACAUACCCUGCCAGAAACCAACCCUCUCCGCAGGAAUACAGCACGGAUCAAGAAAUUCAGAAGAUACCAUCGUUCGCCGUUGUAUCAAGUAGCAGACGCGCUGAAGAACGUUGAGAUGGAAACACUGGAAACCAUCAAUCCGUUCACAUUGGCACCAUGGGAAGUACGCCUACAGGCUGGCGUUGAAGCAACUCCGCAGUCACCGACCGUACCAGGCGGGUCAAUGCAGAUCGCAACCAGCAAUUCAGCACGGAACGAGCUAGUCGGGUUUGGGAUGGCGAUCGAGAGACAGCCACCUCGGUAUCGAAAACUGAAACUGAAGACCCUUUCCGUCACAUUGGGUGCAAGAACAGAGCAAAAUCCGUUCUCUGCAGAGCUAGCAGCGAUGGCACAUGCGUUGAACAUGGCAGUUGGUCUGAAAGACUACAGGAUUACGCUCAAGAUCUCUGGGAGAGGUGAGAUAUGGCUCAAGCCUUCUGCUUACGCCACCCAGACUGAUUGUUUUAGAUUCUGCAAAGGCGCAAAGUGUGAUCCAGUCGAAUGUUUAUCCCAACUCUCUGAUACAGAAACGACGGUGCGCUUUCUCAAGGCUUUCUUCUCAUGGCGCUGCAGGCAGCGACGUGGGAAAAAUGGCCGUCGCAAUCCAGGGAUAAAGCACAAAUCCCCCCUCGACUCGUUAUGGAAAUGGUGGCAUCUGAUAUAUAAGGCCGAGGUUGGACAUGAACUGAGCAAAGACAUUCAGGUGAAAAUCCGCGAUGUGCUCGCGAUAGUAGCGAAGGAAGAAAAACUUUCCCUCCGACCUCGACCGAAAGCGACCAUGUAUAUCGAAGAUGUGGCUGAGUUUGCGCGAGUGAUCCUAUCCACGACAGAGAUGACAUUUCCUUGUGGCUGGUACCGGAUACAGCUCCUCUUCUUCUGCCAGCUGGCGGCGAUCACUGGUAGCCGGCCCAGGGCGCUGUUAGAACUACGCUUUCGGGACCUGAUGCUGACGUUGAUUCGGGAUCCAAAUGGAAGACGCCCUCGACUAUUUAUCUAUCUGAGACCUGAAUUCACAAAAACAUUCCUCGGCGAAAAAGAGUCGAACACAUUCCCCAUCCCAGAAAUUAUUUUCGAUCCCACCUUGGCCCUCAGCCCCCAUGUGUUUCUAUUGGGUAUGCUAUUUCGGAUCCGUGCAUUCAAGAAUAUGUCUCGGGAUGGCCCUGUUUUAGACGGCCCUGAAAAACUAUAUAGUCUUCGGGUCUUAAAUGGACUAGGUCAGCAGGAACUAAAGUUGAAAGACGAAAUUCUCGAUGAUUACGUCUUUUGCCAAGCAUCACGAGAGCCCGAUGGAUUUCGUAUCGCAUUGGACCAGAAGCUCACGGGCGGUUGGCUACGCUAUCGAAGGAAACGAGCUGGUUUAAUCACGGGGUUUGCAGAAGUCGCGAGACCAUACUGCCUCCGAUACGGUGCAGCGAAAGCGUUCAACGACAGUCCGGAUGUAUCGAAUGAAUUGCAGAACGUGACGUUGCAACAUGCUAGCAUAGACACAUUUGUUCGGCAUUACAGUGUGGGCAUUCAUGUUGAUGCCCAGGCAAUUGUACGGGGAAUGCCUGCUCAGAAGGAGCUCAUGCGGUUUGCUAGCUCAAUGAGUCGGUCUAUUGAUCCUCGCAGCCCCUGGCGGCUAGAUGAUUCGAGCUGUAUCAACGAUGUUCCUAGCGUACGUACCCUGGAAGACAAAGAAAAGGCUAGGAAGCGGAUCCGAGACGAUAAAAAGCGCACUUAUGAAGAGGCCCGGGAAGUAUUGGAGCGGAGGUUCGGUGAUGGUCCACCACAGAAUGGUCCUCGCUUCCGAACGAUCCGUAAGCAGUGGAAGGCUCAGGAGAAGGGUGUGAAGAAGCUUCAAAUGAAAUAUGAACACGCUGAAGAGAAGUUUGAGCUCUCAGUGAAGCACUUGCGCAACGAAAAAGGUCGACAACGACACAUUCUGAUUCGGGAGAACCUGGAACGUUAUAAGAAUGAACAGCCAGUGAUUGACAGCGAACGGCAGCUGUCCGGGAAGAUGGUCGACGAAGAAGUCAAGGUUGCGCUGGAAAGUACCGGUUAUAUGACACCACAACAUAUGACGCUUAUCGACACCGUCUUGACCAUGCCUGGUGCAACGACUGAGAAAGAGUACGAGCGAAGAAUUGCUGCGAUCAAUGCAGUGAUGGCCGUUUGUGAUGCAGAAGAGGGUGCACCUUCGCGGCCCCGUACGACAAAGAAACGCUCCGUUGAUGCUAUCGACAUGUCGCCAGCUGAUCCCGUCCCCAAAAGACAGAGGCCGACUGCUUCAGAUGCAAAGGAAAAUGCCUUCUCUCAAGCCAUCGCUUCGGUUUGCGUCAAGUCUCCAAAAGAAAGACCGACGAUUUGCUUCAUCUGCCUUGGGAAUCAAAUGUUGCCAGAAGGUGAACGACUACGGAGGUUUAAGAAUUCUGGGUCCCUUAGCCGACACUUCGUGAACAAACAUAUCAAGCCAUUCCCGAAUGGUAUGCAAUGCGAGUGCACGAUUUGUGGAAAGCAAUUAGAAUCAAAAUCGGCUCUACUGAACCAUGCGCAAGGUGUGCAUGGAAUCGUGUCUUGCCUACCUCUACGAGCUCUUGGCCUACCCUUGCCAUGA